GUCGUUGAUCACCAAUUCAAAGAAUUUUGCAAUGGUCAUUGCAUUAUAAAGGGGGCUAGGAUCAGAAAACAAGCACUCCACACCUGAUACAAGCAAGAUAUGGCGGUCUUUAAUGGUCUUCGGCUGGUGUCUCUGGCUGUGCUGAUGCUGGCGUCUCAGCUGGACUCUGCCAGCGCUGCUGUUCGGCUUUUCGGCUUACAUGCCAAAGACCUCACCGGUGACGCUCUUCUAAACAGACCCGAUCCAUACGUCAAGGUCUGGUGUGGCUCUACUUUUGGGGGGCAGACAGAAUAUAUCAAGGAUAACAGAAAUCCUACAUGGUCUGCAGAGUUCAACUUCCCAAACUGCGAAUUUGGUGAAAACCUGAAGAUGGAGGUGUGGGACGAAGACAUGAAUUUUGAUGAUCCCUUGGGCACGUGUGGCAGAGAGGUGCAAUAUGGGUCUUUCACCAUUACUUGUUAUCUGAAAAAAGGGACUAUGUUUUACAGUUAUGAUGCGAAAUAAACCUGUUCUAAAUCA